UCCGCCAGUGUCGCUGGCGGUGAAAGUGCGAGCGCAGGCGCUGGACGCGCCGCUCCUGUCCGUCGUAAGAAUGGCCGCGUGUACACGGCGCGGCAGCUGAGACAGCUGCGUGCAGCCCGUGGCCAGCUGCCGGCGCGUGUGCGCCGGCCCGGCCAGCUUCCCGUCAACGCGGAGUACGUCGACGACUUAGACGGCCCUGAUUCGGCCGCGGAUUCAGCUUUUGGCCGCCGCCCGGCACUGAGCUCGAUCGCCGAGCUCAGCUCCAGCUCGGAGUCGGACUUGGACGAUCUGACCGAGGCGCUGCGCAACCCCACCACCAGCGCGUUCCACGAGAUCCGCUCCGUGGUAGAGCGGCACGCGGGCGAAGAGGGCCGCCGCUGGCCGCUGACGCUCACCUCCCGGCUUGUGCCGGCGCUCUUCGAGUGUCUGCACGCGCUCACCUGCGGCGAGGAGGCCUGCGGCAAGGUUAACGUGCUGCUGCUGGAGCGCGAGUGCGUCACCACGCUCAAAGCCAUCAUGGACUCCACCAUGGAGCUCGACUACAUCGUCGAGAACAAGGACUACACCAGCAAACUCGCGCAAGCGCUGGACAAGGGCAACGUCACUGUGCGGGAGCAGAUCUUUAAGCUGCUGACGGCGCUCUGCUACUACAACAAUGACGGCUAUCAGCGAACACUGGACGCUCUUCAACACCACCGGGAUCUGCGCAAGGAGAGGUAUCGGUUCAGGAUCGUCGUGGAGGAGCUGCGCGGCGCCCAGUCCAGCAGCUACCGCACCACUCUCAUGGCCUUCACCAAUUGCGUCAUCAAAUGCACCGCCGACAUCAAAGAACGGGUCACCAUCAGGAAUGAGUUCAUUGGUCUGAAGCUGCUGGAGGUGCUGAACGGCCUGCGGCAGGAUGUACGGCCUGGCUCGGAGCUGGCGCUGGAGCUGGAGGCGUUCGAUGACCAGCGCGAGCAGGACACUGCCGAGCUGACCGGAGCUCAUAGUGUCGACCUCAACUCGCCGCUGGACGUCUUUUACAAACUCUACGAUAUGGUGGCGGAGACUCCCCAGGAGAUCGCGUUCCUGGCCAUCCUGCAGCACCUGCUGCGAAUCGACACGAAGGAGUCCAUCUCGGACGUGAUGUGGGACACAGCCGAGACGCUCGUGUACCGCGCGACACUGCUGGAGAGCAAGGAGGACUCGCAAAAGCUGCUGAAGACGCCCAGCCACCACAAGAGCCUGCACCGGCUCAAGUCGAUGGACGCGAAGAAAACGUCCGUCACCGAGAUCAAGACCGACACCUGCGAUGCGAAGCCGUCCGCUCCGGCGGGCGAGGCCCAGCCGCCGCCGCCGCCGCCGCCGCCCCCGCCGCCGCCGCCGCCUCCGCCCGGCGGGGGUCCCCCGCCGCCACCGCCGCCGCCGCCGCCCGGUGGCGGGCCGCCACCGCCGCCGCCGCCGCCCGGGAGCCGGCUGGUGGCGCCCGGAGCUGCCACCUCCGAGGCGGAGAAGGUGACGCUGCCCCAGCAAACUACGCCCAAGCCCGGCUCGAGGAUGAAGACCAUCAACUGGAACAAAAUUCCAAACAGCAAGGUUGUUGGAAAGAAGAACAUCUGGAGCCGACUGGCGUCCAAGUUCAAAUCGAAACCGAUGCCGGAGCCGGACUGGAAGGAUCUGGAAGGCCUGUUCUGCCAGCAGGCUCAGGCCCCGGCCAAGCAGUCACCGCAAAAUCAACAGGAGCCGCAGAAGAAGAAAGAAUCGAAUGAGGUCAAUCUGUUCGACGGCAGACGCAGCCUGACCAUCAACAUCUUCCUAAAGCAAUUUAAAAAUUCCAGCGUGGACGUGGUGGACCUGGUGCGAUCGGGCGAGGCCGUGCAGCUGGGAACUGAGAAGCUGCGCGGCCUGCUGCGCAUCCUGCCCACGCCGGACGAGGUCGACAUGCUCAACAGCUACGACGGCGACCCGGCGCGGUUGGGCAGCGCCGAGCGCCUCAUGGUGCGACUCAUCCAGGUGCCCAGUUUUCGGCUGCGGGUCGAGAGCAUGCUGCUGCAGGAGGAGUUCGACUCCAACCACGACUCCCUCAAGUCCUCCAUCACGGCCAUGAUGUACGCCGCCGACGAUCUGAAAAGGAACGAGAAUCUUCACAAAGUUUUGUACCUGACGGUCAACAUUGGCAACUUCUUGAACUCGGGCGGUUACGCGGGCAACGCGGCCGGCAUCAAGCUGUCGUCGCUGCAGACGCUGGUGAACGUGCGCGCCAACAAGCCGGGCAUGACGCUGAUGCACUCGAUCGCCGAGCAGGCAGCGCGCCGCCACCCCGAGACGCUGGCUUUCCCCGACGAGCUGGAGGAGCUCGAGCUGGCCAGCAAGUCGACCAUCGAGCAGAUCCGCACCGACGUGGCCCAGCUGGACGCCAGCGUGACCAAGGUUAAGAACCAGCUGUCCAGUGGAAAGACGGAGAAGCAGCUGCGACAGCAGACGGAAGAGUUCCUGGAAUACGCCACCGACCAGCUGCAGGAGCUCAACAAGAUGCUGGAGCACCUGGAGGUUUGCCGGAAGGAGUUGGCCGAUUUCUUCUGUGAGGAUCCAGGCACGUUCAAGAUGGAGACCGCCAUGGAGAUAUUCUGGAGCUUCGCCACCAUGUUCAAGAAGGCCGUGGCUGAGAACGAGAAGAGGCGGCAGCAGGAGGAAGAGGCCAACGCACGCAAACGGGCGCGCGAGGAGCAGCAGGCCAAGAGAAAGUCCGGAGUCGUCGGACAGAGACCAGUUUCUUUGUCUGGUUCCGAGCCAGACAAUCCGGACAGCAUUCUGGCGAGCAUCAAGGACAGUGAACGCAAGAUGGAACAGCCACUGACGCCGCAGCCGCAGCGGAAGCGACGCAACAUGCUGGACGUGCUGAACACGGGCUCGCUGACGUCCGAGGACGAGCCGUCGAUUGCGAACAGCCCACGGAUCUCGCGCAAGAACCGGCUGGGCAGCUUCUCCGGCACGGCCGGCACGCCCGGCGAGGGGCCCAACGGCGUGAUGAUCACAGACUCUCCCGGCACGGUGCGCCGUCGAAGGAGCCGCGUACCUAGUGAGGAGGACGACACGCUGCUGGACUAUUUGCGAGCGGCUGGCAACGACAAUCCUCGCGAGCGCAGGUCGUGGGGAGGACUGGAAUCGUACGGCUCGCUGGACCGCUCGAUGGCGCGUCGGAUGCGGGGUGGGCCCGCUCGCCGGCGGCCCGACCUGCUGUCGGCCGACUUCCUGACCGACCGCGAGCGUCCCGCCUCGCCCUCGCUGACCACGCCCACGCAGGAGGAGGCGGAGAAACCAGCCGAAGGACGGCCCAGCCACGACUGGAAGAAGAAAAUAGAUCACUGGUUCGAGGAAAAUGACAAGGACCGGGAGCAGGCGGAAGACCUGAGUCGUCGACGUCGACUCCAGAGUCACCGGCGCGUCGCCGACAACUCUGACUCAAAAUCAGAUGGCCCAAAGCUGCCAGUUACAGGACUCGGCACUGUUCCCGAGGACAAAUCUCUCGACAGCGGCUCAUCCUCUUACAAGCGCGUGUACAAGGACUGGAAGCCAUCCGUGGAGCAGAAGGAUAUACUGGGUGCAAUGGAGGCCAUAGAAGAGGCUCAGGAUCAGCAGCCCAGAGACAAGUCUGCCUGGCGCAAGUCCAACCUGAACGUGCCCAACAGUGCCGAGGGUACCAGCAGCCGAGACCAGCGGCAUGAGGGUCAAUACGACGCACGAAGAGACCUCAUCAAGGGGUUGGGAAGAAAGAUCAGUGACGAGAGUAUCCCGCUGUACGUGAGGAAGUCGUCCAAUAACUCCAACGAAAACCCCGAAAGCAGGAAGAGCAGUCUUGUGCACGAGACGCCGGACGGCCUGACACUGAAGGUGCCGGACGUCAGCCGCUCGGUGCCGGCUCCAGUGGCGCCCUCAGAGCCGCGCCGCCGCGCCGACCGGCAAGAGAGCCAGGACAGCGUCUCGGACAAGCCGCUGCUUCCGCCCUCCAUCCCGCGCCGCUUCCGCAAGCUAUCCAACGACGAGGUGCCCAACAAGAUUGACAUUGACGCCGAGAACAUCGAGACGCCGCCGGUGACGCGUCGCGCGCUCGGCACGCGCAGCUUCCGCGCGCCGCCCAACCAGACGUGGCUGGCGGCGCCGCGGCGCUCCGAGGAUGAGCCAGCCGAGGACUUCAGCGCGCGCCGCUCGCAGCGUCGCUUCCACAGCCUGCGGCUGGACCCGGCGGCGGCCGAGGAGCGGCGCCGCGGCCUGGUCAAGUCGGCCGCUGCCGACAGCUCGGAGAACGAGGACACCGAGGGCGGCCGCGCGCGCCUCUCGCAGCGAUACGCGCGCCUCGUCGAGCUGGCCAAGGACGCCGAGAGCGAGAGCGAGGCGGUGCGGCCGGCCGCGGCGCAGCCGGCCGAGGCAGCGCGCGAGGAGGACGAGGCUCCGGCCAAGUUCGAUCGCCACGCGUCCGUGCGCAAGUCGACGCGACGGAAGAGGGAGGAGCCCGAGACGCCGCCGCCGGCCGCCACCGAAGAGGACGCGGCGCUGAGGAGGACGCCGUCAGAGGACGGGGCGCGGCGGAGGACGCCGACGUCGCCGAAGGAGGAGCCAGAGCUGCUGAAGCCUGCCGCCGCGGGAGAUCGGGGCUCCAACAGCGACAUCGAGCGCGCCAUCACCAGCAUCUCGGAGACCGCCGACAAGCUGAAGAAGGUGGACGUGCCAGAGAAGCGGGCCGAGCGGCGCGCGCGCGCUCGCAGCCUCAUCGACGGUGCCCAGGUGGCCGAGGCCAAAAAGCGCACCGAGAAGGGACCAUCCAUCCACGACCGGCUGUUCGGCCGCGGCAAGAAGGACAAGGAGCCGGCGGCGCCGCUCAAGCGCAUGUCCAGCCUGCGCAGGCGCCGCGAGGACACCGACGAGGGUUUUGCCGAGGAGACGAGCGGCACCAGCGCCAACAACGAGGAGUCGUCGGGCCGGCAGCGUGCUCGGCCCACCUCGCUCUCGCUGGCCGGACUCAAGAAGGUCGGGCCGGGCGUGGCGCGUUCGCCCAGUGUGCGCGAGCGGAGCACCGCGCCGCCGGCCGGCUCCGUGCCUCGCGCGCGCUCCCGCGACACUGUGGCGGCCGCCGAGCCGGCGCGUAGCCUCGGUCGCAGCCAGAGCGUGCGCGUGAGCGGUGCGGCACGGCCGCGGCCCGUUCUCGGCUCGGCCACCAACGCGCUCAAGGCGCUCACCAAGAACCUGCGCCGCGGACGCGACGCCGAGCCGACGCACAAGUCAGCCGUCAGCCUGCACAACUCGAGUGGCUCUCUCUGCAGCACACCGUCUGUCAGCAAGCGCUCAAGCGAGGACAGCCUCAAGACAUCGCCCAAGACGGGCCGGCGCGCGCCGCGGCCCGUACCACCCAGCCCGGCUCCUGCCCGCAAGUCGGCGCCACCGGCGGCCGGCGCGCGCCGCGCGGUCGGCCUCAACGGCGCGGCGGGGGGCGCGCGCCGCACGCCGACCCCGUCCGGGCGCGUCACGUCACCCGUGUCGUCGCCGCCGCCGCGGGCCGCCGCCACGCUGCCGCGCGCCGCACGUCCGGCCGUCAGCCGCGGCACCUCGCACGAGGAGAAGGAACGGCCGCGACGCGUCGGCACGCCCAGCUUCAUGAGACCCACCUCGUCCAGCUCGGCGCGCCUGGAUCCCGCGGAGGCGAAGAAAAAGUCCGUUUCCAAGUCGAUAACGCUGAACAAGCCGCGCUCCACCCAGCGAUGAACGUGAACACGAUCUUUCUAGUCCUCCGUGAAGUGAUAUACCUUAGCAGUGGACGGAUUACUCCAAGUGAUAUUAUUAUCGUGAGUUUGCACUUUUGAUAAUGCGCGGCCUCCACGAACCCCCUGCAUUCAACUUAGUCACUAACAUGUUCUUCCUCAGCCUUUGUAGAUAGCCGUAACGUUUUUAUUAGGAUUCAGUGUGGCCGGAAGCUCAUAUAUGGAAGAAUACAUUGGGUACGCAUACAUUGGGUGCGCAUACAUUGCACCCAUCGCGUGAUUACGAGAGCAGAGAGUUUGUGGGCUGUAACCGCAGUGAAUGGUGUUCGUACUGUCUGACUUGGAGCCUUUUCGUGUACAAUGAAAUAAAGCCGCAUCUUAGAUAAUGCAGCUCA